UAUAAGUGUCCAGAAAACAGCGUAAGUUACUCAGAAUCGGAAGAAAAACUUCUCAGCUCCGCAUGUUUCAUUCGCGCGCCGCCAUCUUGUCAGGUCAGAGGUUACUGGGACACCUGAGGUCAUCAGCCGGCAUGGCGGCCAACUCAAGACGGAUCGUCUUCGUCACAGGGAAUGCCAAGAAACUGGAGGAGGUGAAACAGAUCCUGGGAACAGGUUUUCCUUAUGAGGUGGUCGCCAAGAAAGUUGACUUACCAGAGUACCAGGGAGAACCAGAUGACAUCUCCAGGGCCAAGGCCAGGGAGGCAGCAAAACAGAUCCAAGGCCCCUGUGUUGUAGAGGACACCUGUUUAUGUUUUAAUGCACUAGGAGGACUGCCUGGUCCAUACAUAAAAUGGUUUUUGGAAAAGAUUGGCCCAGAGGGCCUGUACCGUAUGCUGACAGGGUGGGAGGAUAAGUCUGCCUAUGCCAUGUGCACGAUGGCCUUUUCACCCGGCAACCCUCAGGAUGAAGUGCUGUUGUUUAAGGGCAUCGCACCAGGUAAAAUUGUAGACCCGCGUGGCUCCAGAGACUUUGGCUGGGAUCCCUGCUUCCAGCCUGAGGGUUUCGAGAAAACUUAUGGAGAGAUGACGAAAGAAGAGAAGCACGAGAUCUCCCACCGCGGGAGGGCAGUCAGGGCCAUGCAGGAGUACUUCCUCAAACAGGCAGAGCAGAACAGCUGAUGACACUGGUCCCCUGUAGUGCCUGCUGAUUGGUAAACUUAAUCUCCAAGCAGAUCCUUCGGUAG